AUGGCUUCUCCUCCCCCAUUAUCAUCCAACACAAUUACCACUUUUUACUCCCCCGCCCCUUCAAUCAGUCAUAUCUUUCCAAACAAAACCCAGAUUUCCUUACUCAGAAAUCGUUUCAGAGGAUCAUGUAAAGCAACAAUCAAUAGUGACCAAAACCAUGUAAAAUUUGAUGGGAGGAGAAAUGCGCUUGUUGGUCUAGGAGGGCUCGCCUUGGCUAAUCUGAGCGGCAUAACAAGGCCUUUUGGUGCAGCAAAUGCGGCAGAGACCCCAAAAAAAGUAGCACUGGUGCAGAGCAGUGAGCUGCCCAUAGCUUUGGACUCGGUGAUCAGUGUGAUUGUGGAAAGGCCAAGGAAGUCGAGGAGCCAGAAGGAGAAGGAAGAGGAAGAGGAGGUUUUGGUGAUUGAAGGGAUUGAGUUUGUGGCAGAUAAGGCUCUGGUAUUUGAUGUGCAUGUGAACGAUGAUGAGAACUCGCUGAGUCGACCCGACAAGGUCGAGUUUGCUGGGAGCUUGGUGUUUUUGCCGCAGUACAAGAAGAAGGUGAAGACCAGCCUGCAUCUUGGGAUAACGGACUUGUUGGAGCAAAUUGGAGCUGACGAUGAGAGCUUUAUAAAGGUCACUUUGGUGCCAAGGUAUGUCCUGCGUCCUGUCACCAUUGGUGGGAUCAAGAUCGAUUAUUUUGCCUAG